GGUGGUCACUCUGGCAUCGGAUCCUGGAACUUUGUCAUGCAUCCUGUUUUCGCCGGCAAGAAGGUGGAUCCAGCGGGUCACUAUGUGCGAAGAUGGCUGCCAGAGCUGCGGCACUUGCCCACAGAGUACAUUCAUUGCCCUUGGGAGGCGCCAGCGGGGACUCGACUCUCUGCACAAGUGUUGGUGAAUGGUAUCUAUUGGCAGCGUGUCAUUGAGGAUCUUGUAGCUGCAAGGCUGGUGCAUCAAAGGAAUGUCAUUGCAGUUCGAAAGCUCUUUCCGGAGUAUGUGGACAAGGAGGGGAAUGAGGUCAUCCGCUUGGCAAGUGGGCAAAUCCUGCAUUUGGAUGUUCGAGAUGACAUCAGAGAGAAUGAUGAGGAGAACAUAACCCUGAUGAUGACAGCAGACGAUCCUCGCAGCACUACUCGGAGAAACCUUGGAAUGACAAAAGGUGUGCAUUCUGGUCUGAUCUAUGAAGAAUCAAAGCGGUUUGAAGCGCUUUACGACUCCUUUGAUGGUGCACCACGCCGGACACAGCCAACCCAAUCUAGAGAUCGUGCCAAGGAGCGAGCUCUGAGGCGGAAUCAGCAUGGCGAACUCAUUGCUGGAGCAUGAGGUACUCGGGAUUAGAAUGAUGCACGUCUCCGGGUCUGGAUGGCUGUCGACUCCUUUGGCUACCCCCCAUGUCCUCUACAUGCUUUGCCCAGCUUGGAUAAACGGUUGCCUGGCUGGCAAAGAAUUGUUUGCACUUGUCGCCCAGCUUGUCGCCCAGCUUGAGUAGCACCCCCUUUGCUUCCCAGUCUGAAUGGUUCCGUCGGGGGCUUGGCUCACAUUGAGUUCUCGGGCCACCUGUUUUCCGUUUAAGGUUUAUACAUGCCUUUGGCCGAGUCUAGCAUUGGGCGCUGUGCCCAGCCCUCCGAGUCCAUGUGCCUGAGCCAUUGGGAUGAUGCUUGUGAUAUGCGCCGAGUGUGCUCUUGAGAAGGAUAUGUGACAGUUCACGUUGUUUCACGUUUUAUUUGCUUUAGGAUUUGGGAUUCAGUCCGUGAGUUUUUGCUGAUUUGGGUUGCAGUUGAACGCUGUACAUGUAAACCUGCAGAACCCUGCAUUUGUAUGCAUGUAUUGCUGGAAGGCCUCCUUUCGGCCAUGGCAUCGACUGGCAUUGCCUGGCUUACUGUUCCACUUCACACCAUGAAGCCGAUUUGUUACCCCGACAAUGAGGCAUCCAUUGCCGACCCGACCAAUUCAUCCUAAGAGAGGUUCAAGGGACACAUGAGAUGUUGUGUGACUGCUGCAUGCCCUUUGUGUGAACAGAUGCAAAAGGUUGUUGUGAUUACUUUGGUCAGACUUGCUGGGUGGAGCUUUGUUCCACAGAAUUGCUGGUCAAUUUUUUUGUAGAGAACAGACUGGCACGUUUCUGUCCAAUCCGGCCUUAAGGAAGACUGGGGC